AUGUCACAAUCUCGCAGCCGCGACCGCCAUGGUGGUCAUUCUCGAGAUCGGACCCGUGAUCGCGGGCGCGAACGUGGAACUGAACGCCGAGGAGGAUACCGCAGACCUUGGGAUCUUACAGAGGAUGAGGGAAGUCCCGUAGUGGAGACUAGGGAGCGACAUCGCCACGCGAGAGAUGAAGAUGAAGAAGCAGAGGCUCGGCGCCAAAGAAGGCGAGAGCGGCGGCGGCGAGAGAGAGAGCUGGACCGUGAACGCGAAAGAGACGCAAUGCAGCCUACUGUCAAUUCAAUAAAGCAUCAAAGUAUGGAGUCGGCAGAUAGUAGGGCUAAUCUUCUUAGUGCCGAUGAACUAGCUCGACUGGUUAAUGAGCCGGAGCAUGAGGACUGGGAAGAGGAGCAAAGAGCCCGCGACCAAGCUCGCAGAGAGCGUCGAAAACGCAAAAAGGCUGCGCUAGCAGGUGUUGACACUGCAGUUCUCGGAGCCGAGCUGAUGGAGGGCGGAUCGAGGCAUAAGUCUGGCGCUAGAGUUGUGUCUGGCGCAUAUCUAGAAGAAGGCCGGAGUGCUGAUACCAAGGUACGCCGUCGUGGAGGUGGCGGUGCUGCUAUGGAAGAGCAUUGGAAAGAUGAAACCAGCUGGACUGGAAGCUCUGUUGACGGAACAAGACCUUUCUGGAAAUUCUGGGCAAAUUGGUCCAGGAAGAAACGAAUCGUUGUUGGUGCUAUACUAGCAGUGUUACUGUCAAUUGCUAUCAUAGUCCCCGUCGUACUUCUCACCUCUCACAAAAAGAACAACUCAAGCUCUAGUGAGAGUUCAAUCGUUUCAACAUCUUCCAGCCCUUCUAAUAACAAUUUGGACAGCAUUAGUCGUGCGAGUAUCCCAUCUUAUGCAGCGGGAACUGUAAUAGAUCCAUACACUUGGUACGACACAGAGGGUUUCAAUGUCACAUUUACCAACGCGACAAUUGGUGGACUGUAUAUCAUGGGCCUCAAUUCAUCAUGGGAUGACUCUGCCAGAGCAAACAGUAACGUUCCACCUUUGAAUGAAUCAUUUCCAUAUGGUUCGCAGCCUAUUCGUGGCGUCAACAUUGGCGGUUGGCUUUCGAUCGAGCCCUGGAUUAUGCCAUCUCUAUUCGAUGUCUACUCAAGUGAUGAAGGUAUUAUUGAUGAAUGGACGCUCAGCGAGAAGCUGGGAGAUAAGUUGAACACGACUAUUGAAAAGCACUACUCCGAGUUUUACUCCGAAUCAGAUUUUGCUGAGAUCAGAGAUGCCGGGCUAGACCACGUUCGUCUUCAGUAUUCGUACUGGGCAGUCACAACAUAUGACGGGGACCCUUACCUGCCCAAGGUAUCCUGGCGCUAUCUCCUUCGUGCAAUCGAAUGGUGUCGCAAGUACGGACUACGUGUCAAUCUCGACCUCCACGGACUUCCAGGCAGUCAAAAUGGAUGGAAUCACAGCGGUCGCCUGGGCAAGAUUGCCUGGCUAAAUGGAACAGAUGGGGACCUCAACCGCAAUCGGUCCCUCGCAAUCCAUGAUCAACUUUCAACUUUUUUCUCUCAGGACCGAUACAAAAACAUCGUGACGAUGUACGGACUUGCUAAUGAACCCCUCAUGCUCUCACUGCCCACUGAAAAGGUUCUUAACUGGACCCAUGACGCAACGGAGCUUGUCCGUAGCAAUGGUCUCAACUCUACAGUCAUCUUUCAUGAUGGCUUCCUCAAUCUUGACAAAUGGGACACAAUGUUCAAGGAUCAUCCAGAUAACAUGUAUCUGGACACGCACCAGUACACGACUUUCAACACGGGAGAAAUCGUCUUGAACCAUACUCGAAAAAUCGAGCUGAUUUGCAGCAGCUGGUACACAAUGAUCGAGGCUAUCAAUAGCACAACGAAUGGCUGGGGGCCUACAAUUUGUGGUGAAUGGUCACAAGCUGAUACAGAUUGCGGCAAAUACCUCAACAAUGUUGGCCGAGGUACGCGCUGGGAAGGAACUUACGACACAAGUUCCACGACUCAAUACUGCCCGACAGCAGACGCUAAGACAUGCAGCUGUGAUGAUGUUACUGCAGAUGUAUCAACCUACUCAUCCACUUACAAGAAGUGGCUGCUGACUUAUGCCGAAGCGCAAAUGUCCGUCUUCGAGACUGCCAUGGGCUGGUUCUACUGGACCUGGCGUACAGAAUCGGCUGCCCAGUGGAGUUAUCGAACCGCCUGGAAGAAUGGGUUCAUGCCUAGUAAAGCAUACACGCGAACUUUCAAAUGCGGCGAUACAGUGCCCGAUUUCUCGGGACUAUCGGAGGUCUAUUGA